AUGAUUAUUUUAAAGAUGAUUAAAAAUUUAUAGGUGAAUUAAAUGGCUGAUUAUAAGGUAAUGCGUGGAUAUAUAGGUGGAUAUGGAGAUGAAUUGAGACUCUAUUACACAAAAUUUGAUCCACCAAAUAAAAAAGCAUCUUUAUGUAUUGUUCAUGGAUUUGGAGAACAUUAAGGAAGAUUUCUACAUGUAUAUUAAACAAUAUACAUUAAGAUUGCCGAUAUUUUUGCAAAAUUAAAUAAUGUUUGUUGUUUAAUAGAUUUUAAGAGGAUUUGGAUAUUCUGGAGGUCCAAGAGGAUCUUAAACUUUAGAAGAAUUACAAAGGAUAUAGAAGUUUUAUUAAGAUAAGUAUCAAAAGAUCUUCCACUCUUUCUUUAUGGACAUACUAUGGGUGGAUUAUUAAUUAUUAGUUUUUUAAUGAGGAAUUCUUAAUUAAAAAUAAGAGGAAUUAUUACAACUGCUCCUAUGCUUGGAUUUCCUAUGGAUAGAAAAUUAAAAGGAAUCAAAUAUAUUGCUUUUAAAUAUUUUGGACACUACAUGGAAGUAUGAUUUAGUAAAAAUUUUUUAUAGGAUUUGGUAAUUAAUUACAAAACUCAAUAUUACUGGAAUGAGUAAGAAUGA